CUGAGACUCACAGCCAGUCAGAAGAAAACUUUAAACGUCGACCUUAUUACCACUUAAGGUCCUUCGUUAGAGCAGAUAUGGAAAGACAAAAUGCUACAUGGAUCCUGGUUCUCCUGUCCCUGGUCGUCUUGGGUGUGGCAGUGACCACCGACCCUUUGACAGAUUUGGAAAAUAUCGCUGGGAAGCUGGUUUUCUAUCAGAUGGAAGGAAACGCCACCUAUGUGAGGGACACAGGAGAGCUGGCUUCAGAUGUUCCCACUGAGACCAUGUUUGAACUCUUCGAUCCACAGAUGAAUUUCAGCACGGCAAAGUUCACCUAUACCUGGGACCUAGGGAACGGAGAGGUGAUCAAAGGAACUGAGCCGGUGGUGCGAUAUAAUUACCCUGAGUCUGGAAACUACACACUGCGGCUGAAAGUGGGAGCAAAUUUAACCAAAUCUGCACCUCAAAUCACUGACGUUUACUCCAUGGAUGUACAAGUACUUGAUGCCAUUAGAAACAUCGAGCUGAAGGGCCCUCCUGAUUACGAGGUGUCUCAGAACACCAGCUUGGCAGUUCAUGUGGAUGGAAGUCCUCCCAUGUGGGUGUGCUGGCGUUUCCUGCCUAACUGUGACCCUAACAUGUCGGGUGGCUGCACACUGACCAUGCUGUAUGAAAACACUUUGAGACUAAACCACACCUUCACCUCGGCCGGUGUCCACUGUCUGGACAUCAGUGUCCGCAAUGACAUCAGCAAGCUGCAGACCUCCUUCAGCAUCUACGUCAAGAGAAGCUAUAGCACCCAUCUGUUCUUCAUCCUGGCAUGUGCUGCCAUACUUGUUGCAACGUUUUCCUUCAUCACUGUCAUCGUCUGUCGCCCUCGUCAUCAAAACAAAUCACAGAUUGCUGUCUCCAGUAAUGCCUUAUUCCUGAAAAACCAAGAAUCCGAGGGUCAAAGCACGAUUCUUUUUAAAUUCUCCAAUGAGAAAAAUGAAGAAAAGGAGCCUCUCCUGAUGCAGUAUGGGACUCAAUACUCCUCUUAAGAGUCAGUCUUCCAGCAUGCUGUGGCUGCAUGUUAAUCAUGUAGGUAUUUUGCAAAGGAAAAUACAAAAUUAUAGUGAUAAAAUUCUCAUCUCACAUUCAGACACAUUAUAAAUAAAUGUAGACACAAAUGGAUGAUUUGUGCACAACACAUAGCCUCAAAUGUAAUUUGAAAUGUAAGUACUCCAGCAGAGUUGGAUAUGUUCUGGUCUAAGCUCUAAUUGUGUCACUAAUGUUCAGUGAGCUGAAACGAGAAACACCUUGUGAUUUUCUAGAAACUAGAUGAUGGCAAUCAAUAAAUGCGUGAAAGAGGA